AUGCAGUCAUCGGAUCGCUAUCUUCGAUUGUUGGAAAGAUGUAUAUCUGUUGAAACAGUUCGCGUCGCGCCAGAUCAACGCUAUACUAUGUCUUUGAAUGGUCACUGUCUUGCAGAACAUACGUUUGGAUUCAGACGGCGAAAUGUCCCGAAGGCUUUGGUUGACCAAAACAGUGUAAACACUCUCCAUGAUGCGUUCUUCUCAACACCGGAUAAUCGAAGACAUGAGAUUGUCAUGGAACACCGUGAGAACUGGACAGAAGAUCACCGAGACAAGAUCAUCGCCACCAUUGAUGAACUCCUGGCGCAGAUACGAAGUAUUGUGUGA